AUGAGGUUCCAGCUAGCAGUACUGCUCACCGUAGCUGUCAGCAUCGCGGCCGCCUGUCUCAUCACCAACUGUCCCCGUGGGGGCAAGAGGGCCGGCCUGCAACACAGGUGCGCGCCGUGCGGCCCCGGAGGGCAGGGCGUGUGCCUGGGCCCACACAUCUGCUGCGGCCCCCGCAUGGGCUGCCGGCUGGCCAGCCCCGCGGACACCGCCGUCUGCCGCUCCACGGCGCCCUGCCCCCUGGACAGCCCCGAGAUGCGCUGCGCCGGCGGCGUCGGCCGCUGCUCUGCGCCGGGAGUCUGCUGCUUCAAAGACUCAUGCCACAUUGAUACUUCGUGUGUCGCUGAUACAACUGAAUCCGUCGAUCGGUAUCCUGUGGACACGUUUAUUGUCAGCGACGGUGACCGCGACGAGAUGAGAAUAUAAUUUUGCAGCAUGUAAAACUUG